AUGGGCAUGGCACUUGGUGUGCGGUGCGGGGUAAGCUUUUAUCAGACCGUUCCCCAUCUGUCCCAACCCUUCUUCGCCCAUUGCAGAGCAGCAGCAGGCAACGGCCAUGUGCAGUAUGCAGCAGGCACGGGCUAUUCAUACGGCAACACCAGCGGCAUGGCUCCCCGCGCUCGCCUCGCCAUUUACAAAGUCCUCUGGAAGCAGAGAAAUGGGCAGACGCUCGCAACUUACUCGGACAUCCGCGCAGCCGUUGAUGCGGCCGUAGCCGACGGUGUGGAUGUGCUCUCCAUCUCCCUGGGAGGGAACAUUCCGAGUUACUUCUCAGACAUUGCCUAUCUCAAUGCUGCCAAGGCUGGUGUGUUCAUUGCAAUGGCGGCGGGGAAUUCUGGGCGCCCGAAUCCAAAAAGGCUGGUCGGCACCAUUGGGAAUGCCUCGCCAUUCUACCUCACUGUUGGCGCCAGCUCCAUAAGCCGGUACUACAAUUUGCAAAUGACCCUCGGCGACGGGUCGCAAAUCACUGGCGUGGGAAGUACCCCUCCUCCCAUAGGCACUAACGGCGCAGUCUCUCUCAUAGGAUCCGGGACCGCACCAUCAGCAGGAGCGGUGCUGGUGGUGGGAAGCAGCGCCUCUCCCUCAGGCCUCGUCAGCACACAGAAGCUUAAAAGGAAGACGCCUCAAGCGGGGAUGUUCGCAACGCUCAAGGAAGUCGCAGCAGGAGCGGGAGGAAGACCCGCGAUUGUUCUAUCUGUGGAGCACGGGGAGAUUCUGAGAAAAUAUCUCGAGUCUACAGAUAACCCGUCAGCGGAAAUCACAGCAUCGUGGACAGCUAUCGACCCCACGGCUCCCGUAAUCGCGUCUUUUUCCUCUGCUGGUCCCGUCGUCAGCCCGCGAUUUAAGAUUUUCCCGCCUUUCACACCAACGAACAACAUCCUGAAACCGGACAUCAUUGGUCCGGGCUGCGACCUCGUUGCUGCCAUGCCGGGAGAUCCCGCCAGCGCUGGCUCGGAUUCUGCAGCUGACCAAUCAGCUUCGUCGGAUAACUCUUUAUCUUCCUCCGGAGAUUCAACCCCAACUGACGGCUCGACUCCACCUGAUGGUUCUACGUCUGGGGGUGAUACCCCAGACUCGGCACCAAUCAACUCCGAACCCCCAAGCACCAAUUCUGGCUCGGGGGCUUCCACCUCAGCUUCGGGCUGGGGUCUCAACCCCCAAUAUCCACAGUCACGGGAUUUCACGUACCUUUCCGGGACUUCCAUGUCUACACCUCACAUCGCGGGUGUAGCUGCUCUAAUAAUGCAACGAAGGCCACACUGGACCCCGGCUCAAGUUAUGUCAGCAUUAAUGACAACAGCAUACACUGAUAACGGGGUCAAGAAGCCGAUCAAAAGAGAGGCAGUGGGUGAAGCCACACCAUUGGAUAUGGGAGCUGGGCACAUCAAUCCGUCUCGUGCUUUGGAUCCCGGGUUGACGUAUAAUACCCGUUUUCGGAGCUACUUACGGUUCUUGGCGGGACAAAGCUUCAUCCGGACGAAGCGGUUCUUCCCCUUGGUGCCGUUUAUUGUGCCAAUGAGGGCAUACAACCUCAACCGGCCGUCAAUCUCUGUUACAAACCUCGUCGGCAUUGCGUUUGUUACAAGGAGAGCCACAAAUGUGUACUCUGAAACGUCAACUUACAAAGUUACAGUUGAUCCACCCACGGGUGUCAAGGUGAGUGUCUGGCCCACCAAAUUCACGCUGCGUCCCGGACAAACAGCCACGUAUGUUGUAACUAUAUCGUCGUUGAAGCCGGUUGGGACAUUUAGAUUCGGGUCGAUCACUUGGAGGGAUGAGCAUGGUCAUCAUGUGCGCAGCCCAGUUGUUGUAAGAUCUGCUUUUGUGUAG